CAUGGAUCUGGUCAUCACUCAUGAGCUGGCCCGCACCGAAAGCCACCAAGACCAGGCCGCCCUGAAGCGAGCCUACGAGCUCAUCAAGUCUGCCAACACGGGGAAGUCUGAGUUCGACCCCUCAGAGAGCUUCAGCCCGGACCUGUUUGUGCUGUGUGCAGAGCAGGCCCUCAAGAUGGGGCAGCCAGAGAUGAGCGAGGACUGCAUCCAAAUGUACUUCAAGGUGAAGGGGCCAGUCACCCAGUUUCUGGGCCGAGCACACCUGUGCAGGGCCCAGCUGUGUGCCCCUAAGUCGUCAGACAACCUGGAGGAAUUUGAAAACUGCGUGACUCAGUACAUGAAAGCUAUAAACUUUGCAAAAGGGGAACCCAGGUACUACUUCCUGGUGUACAAUGCCUCCGUGCUCUACUGGCACAUGGUGAGGCCGUUCCUCAAGCCUGGAUGCCACCAGUACGUGAUCCCCAGCCUCUCCCAGAUCGUGAGCGUGUUAAACCAGACAGAGGAGGAAGACAAGGAAUGGCGGGCGGAGCUGAUGCUGGAACUUCUUGAGUGUGACCUGCAAGCUGGGAAAAAGGAGGAGGCAGCCAAGCUUUGUUUGACGGCAGCGCCAUUCAUAAAAGCCAACGUGCCCCACAAGUAUCGGCAGAUAUACUCCGUCAUGGUUCGUCAUGAAUUAAUGGACGAGCUUCACUUAAAGAUGGAAAAGAAAAAUUCCAUCAGCCUGUCAGUGUCUUUCCACAUUAAUUCCCUCAAAGCAAAGCUGGAUAAAAAUGAGUUACCGGAAGACGUCUCUUCGAUUCUGAAGAGGGCCUACAGACAGAUAGGUCUGUGUAACAUCCAGCGCUUUCCUGCAAUGACAGGAGAAAAAAUGCUUUUGCUUUUUGAAUUAGCUCGUUUCGCUCUGACCUUGAAAUGUGAAGACAUCACCUCUGACUGCCUCUCAGACCUGAAGAAAAUGGACAGCAAAGACCCCGGGAAGCUGAUUGAGAUUGAAUGCCUGGAGUGUGAACUCGAAGCCUCCAGACUUGAAAAUAAAGUGAGAAUCUACCUCCGGACAGCUGUGGAGGCCCAGCUGAGCAUCAUUAGCCGACUGGACGUGGUGCUGCAGCGUGCCAUCCGCCUGGGCGACCCCCAGGCCAUCCACGUGGUGUGCAGCACACAGUGGAACACCUGCCUGCCCCUGCUGCAGCGCGGCCUGCGGCGCCACCUGCGGAAGCCACUGACCACCGUGGCGGACAUCCUGGAGACGGUGGACAGCCUCAUGACUCUGCUCCGCUGCCAAGUGCACAUGGAGAUGGCGCACAUCGAAGAGGACGAGGACCGGCUAGAGCCUGCCAUGGAGCACCUGCAGAAGGCCAUGCGCCUGGACACACUGGGGCUCUACCAGGACAAGCUCAAGAUGGCCUUCACCCGGCUGCAACUGUGCACCAUGCUGUACCAGUCUCCUGAGCGUGCUGAGGACAGGGCCAUCAUGGUCAUCGAGCAGGCAAAAAAAGCUAUCCCGAAGGACAGCGUGAGAAAGAAGCGGGCCCUCCUGGUGAAUGCGGGCCUGGCCCUGGCCCCUGACACUUUCCAGAUUGUGCUGGACAGCGAGAAUGAAGCCAAAGUUUCCACUGGGAAAACCAGGGGCAGAUUCUCCUACCUCUUCGCAAAGGCUCGACAUCACAUGCUUAGUGUGGACAAGGCUGCUGGGCAUCUGCGGCGUCUGGGAAACGAGAAUGACCAGGAGAGAAUCCAGAUUUGGGCAGAGCUGGCCAAGGUUGCUCGGAAGCAAGAGGUGUGGGAUGUGUGCCGGACAGCCAGCCGCUUCUGCCUGCUGUAUGACAGCUUCAAGGCCAAGAAGUCCCCAAGGCAGAAGAGAGGAAGGAAGAAGCGAACCACAGAAGGCUCUGUGCGGGAGAACUGGGGCCAGUCGGAAGGGGUGCUGCCGAAGCAGUGGUCCCACAGCCUUCUGCGGAAGUUCGCAGAGGUGGGGUUCAUCAGCGCUGAGGCCACCAUCCACUUGCUGCACACAGAAGGUGUAGAGCUGAAUGACCAGGCUGUCCCCCCUGAGGACUUGAGCCAGCACCCAGCUGGCUACGUGCCUGAGCCCCCAGAAACGAACCCAGAGUGGAUCACAUACAGAACUUGGAUAGAAAGCCUGUCGGAGUACACCAUGAACAACUGGCUGCGCUCGGCGGAGAUCGGGCUGGAGAUCGGGGAGGCCUGGGUGGUGCAAAAUGCCGCCGUCUACAUGCUGAACCACAACCACCAUCUCAUCGUGGCCGGGCGGCAGAGGGAGCUGGUGGACCCCCUGCAUAAGCUCCUGAGCAUCAUCAAGGCCUCUGACCACCAAGGGGACGCGGUCCUGCUGGUGAUGCUCUGCAGUGCCCUGGCUCGAGGCCUGAUCAUCAGUUGGAUCCCCACCCAGACGCCGGAGAAGGCAAAAAAGCUCCCGAAACCAAACACGUUUCACAUCCCCCUGGACUCGGCGGCUGCCACUGAGAUCCGAACAGCAGUGGAGGUCUGCGAGUUUGCGCUGAGCCAGACCAGCGGGAGCGUGCCCGAGGAGGUGGUGCCCACCCGUGUGUGGCAGCAGCUCAUUGCCACUUGGGUGAAGGCCAAGCAGAUGGCACAGCAGCAGAUCGGGCCCCGGCUGGGCAUCGACGAGCAGAGCACCAACGAGGACAUCAGCUCUGUGACUAGAGUCCUCGUAGCUCUGGAGAUGUACUCCUGCAACGGGCUGGGCCUCAUGGACUUCGCCGUGCCCCCCCUGGCCCAGGUGGUGAAAAUGGCCUCCGAGUGCAGCUGGUCAGAGCCCUUGGUGGAGCUGCAGACGCUGACCAGGCUGACCCACUUUGCCUAUGCGGCCCAUGAUCAUGAGAUCACCAUGACCUGCUGUCAGAUGGCCACACAGUUGGGCAUCAAGUACCUGAGGGUGUUCGGUCCGGUGGAGACCCAGCUGGUGGCGGAGAUGCUGUGCACAGCUACCUGCAUCCAGGGCCAAAGCAUCAUGGAAAACCUGAAGGGGAGGAAGCAGCUGCGGCUGGUGGCCGCCAAGGCCUUUGUGGAGAGUGCCAGGUUUGGGGGCCUCGCAGGCAGCAGUGCCCUGGUGAUGCUGGCCGCUCGUCACUGCUGGAACGCCUGGCUGCCACUCCUAUCCUCAGCUGUCAACAGGAAGAAGGCCAAGGGGGCCGUCCAGAAGCUCAUCGGCAUCAUCAACCAGACGGAGGCCAGGAAGCAGGAGAAAGGAAACACGCUGCUGCUGCAUCAGUGGCCCACGGCGGACUUCCAGAGCAGCAGGAUGACAGCUGAGGGCCACUUUCUCCCAGGGGCCGAGGAUGACCUCACACUGCGUGCUGCCCUCUACGGCCUGCUCUUCCACAGCCACGCUGACCAGGAUGACUGGGAGGGUGGCCUUAAGGUGCUGGAUGAGGCUGCGCACGUGCUGCCGCGCACCGCCCACCGCCUCUUGAUUUUCAAACACAUGGUCAUCGUGAAAGCCAAACUUGGCCAGAAUUUUACUAUGGAAAUUCAGAAGUUCAAGGACGAAAGUGAGGACUACUUGGCCCACAUGUGGCACCGUCUGGCCCUGAACUCAAAGACCGUGUGUGGGCAGCUGACCUGCUACGAGAAUGCAAUCAAGGCACUGCAGAAGCCGGAGAGUGAGUGGCAGAAGGUGGACUACAUCCUGGAGUUCAGCCAGUGGCUCUGCUUCCAUCAGUUUCCUCUCGAGGACGUGCUCCUCCACCUCAGCUGGGCCGUGGAGAUCCUGAUGCUCAUGAAACCCACCAGGGGUGACUCGGAGCUGCAGCCUGAGUGGGAGCCUGGGCUGGAAGGGGAGUGCACCUCCAUUCAGACCCCAGCAGAAGACGCUGCGACCCAGGAGGAGCUGGUCUCCUGGGAGCAGCCAUGGAAUGUGAAGCAGCUGGAAGCGCUGGCCCGCGUGCAUAUCCUGCGGGCGCUGAUAGAGACCCCCAGCUCCACCCACUACCAGGACGACUGCCUCGCGGCCUACACCUUCCUCAGGCACAUCUGGCAGGUUUCUUUGUUGACAGCCGGAAAAUCAUUUCUAGAAAAUAGAAUUCUAGUAGCAGCCAGUUCGUAUAUGUCAUUGUCUAAAAAAGAGAAGGAGAAAGGAAAAGAGAAGGAGAAGGAGAAGGAGAAAGUCAAGGAGAAGGAGAAGGGGAAGGAGGAGAAGGAGAAGGAGAAGGGGAAAAGCAAAUCCGCAUUCUCUCCUUUCCAGUCUCAGGCCUCGGCUCCCAACAAGCAGCUCGAGGACUUGCCAGCCAGUGCAGAAGAGUGGGCUUUCUACUCCUGCCCUGAGGAGCUACUGGCCGUGUUCAAGCAGGACAAAAGUGACUUCACCGUGAACCCCACCACGAUCCAAAAGCCGACGUACACUCUGUACUACCUGGACCUCCUGGUCACGGCCCUGCGGAAGAUGUCUCUGCAUGAGCUCACCGUCCCCGUCCUGCAGCUGGGCGUCCUCAUCGCAGAUGCAGUGGUGGAAAGCAAGAGCCUGGCAGACCUCUACCACCUUCGGCUUGCCCGAGUGUGCUGGGACCUGAGGUUGACCGCAGCGGCUGCCCACCACGAGGCGGUGGUCGGGCAGACGUACAUCAGUGACAUGGAGCAGGCAAGCUGCAGGAAGGAGAUCGCAUUGAGAAAGGAGAAUAACAAGGAGCCCGUCCUGGAAGAAAGCCUGCCAGUGCUGACUGAGCCUGAGGCUCCGAGCCACCCAGGAGAGGUGAAGCCACUCAUAGCCCAAGACAAGAUUCUGAAGAUAAACGGAGAGACCGGGAGGGGUCUGGAUGGAACGUCUUACCCCCAGCUGUGGCUGCUCAAGGCCGAGGCUCUGCUGGAAAUGAACCUGUACCAGCCUGCACGGCUGCUCCUGUCAGAGGCUUACCUGGCUUUCCAGGAGCUCAAUGAUCCUUGUGCAGAAUCACAGUGCCUGUUACUCCUGGCCCAGCUGGCCAACCAGGAGAAGAACCACGGACAAGCUAAGAGGAUGAUCGAGAAGGCCCAGUGCCUGGGCGGAUGUGAGGAGUUUUGGUACAAUUUGACCCUGACUCUGGCCGACGCCGUCUUGUCCUCAGAAGACAAUGGGAGAGAAGCUGCGGCUUGCCGACUAUAUGAGAAGCUCAUAGAUGCCUUCAGCAACCUCCAGAAAGACAGGCCUAACCGAGUGCACACACUGAAGUUCUUCACCGUGGACCUGGAGGCCAGGAUCAUGAACCUUCAGAUCCAAAUCACCCAGAACUCAGAGCACAGCAAACUUCCUGACUGCUGGGUUUUGUUCAAGGAGAUGGAUGAUCAACUGCUGAAAAUUGAAGAAGACUUUAUUAAGUGUGGCUAUGAGGAGAAUUGUGUCAAUAUAAAGCUACAGCGUGCAAAGAUAAAGAGGUUUUGUGCCCAAAAUGAGACAGACAGAGAACAAAAAGUCACACAUUACUUGGAAGCGCACAACCUGAUCCAGAAAGCCGUGGCUGCAGAGGAAGAGCUGUUUCAUAGGAUCCGAGGUUUGCUGGCCCUUCAAGAGCUGCAGAACACCAACACCCCUCUGAUGAGGAAGCUGGCCCGCCACAAGCUCAGCCUGGCGGAGGGGUCCCUGGACCUGCUGCAGCUUAUGUGGGAGGAGGGGCUGGAGCAGCUGGAGCCACGGUCCCUGGAGAAGCUGCUGGAGACCUACCUGCAGAGCACCAGCGACUACACGUCCAGCGGCCUGCAAUGGUUCAUGCUGAAGCGCACCCUGGCACACUCGGUGCUGGCACAGCUGGAGAGCCUGCAGCCACUGAGCGCAGGCUGCGUGGAGAUCCGUGCCCGGCUCCUGGGCCUGGCCGGGAGGGCCCUGCACCUGCUGGCCAUGCAGGCAGACCCUCUUCGUCCCUACUUCUGCUGGGAAGACGGCUUCUCGGUGGGCGCUAAGCUGAGCAGGCUCCGAUCUCUAGAGCAAGAAGCAGAGAACAAGAGUGCCAAGGCCUUUCUCAGGGACCUGCCAGCCUUCCGAGCAGCCCCCGAGGGGAACUGCAAAAAGGGCCAGAGUCUGAGGAGGAGGAUGGUGCUGGCCCAGAGGUACCUGGCCCAGACCUCUGAGGUGCUGCUGCAGUGCCUGCAGGUAGCCCUGGACAGAGGCCUCCUGGGCCUCGCAGCUGCCGCCAGCCUAGAGAUGGUGGAAUGCAUCGGCACCCUGGACCCUGUGGCCACCUGCCAGUUCCUGGCCCUGUCUCAGAGCUGCACAGCCUCCGAGGUCAUGCGGGGCAUCCUGUCCACAGCCGCCGCCAACACCAGCAGCUCCCAGCUGGCAGCCCUGCUGCAGCUCCGGCACCAGCUACAGCUACAAGACAAGACUUCCACCAGCCUGCUCGCCAGCGUGGAGCAGAGGCUGGCCACCAUCUCCAAGGCCUGGCAGAACCUCUGUGUAACAGAGCAGCAUUUCAAUCUCCUGCACGAGAUUCCACCCACCUACCGAGUCCUCUUCCUGCAUCAUUCACAAGACAGGACCCGUCUGUACGGCGCUGCCUACGAGAGACCCAAGUACCAGCCCUCAGCCAAGGGGAAGGUGCAGGAAGUGGGUGGCCACUGCAAGGUCAUUCGUGUAACUGUGAAUCCAGCUGCCCUCUCAGACCUGUUGGCCAGUGCCCAGCAGUUCUAUGAGCAGAUCCAGGAUCAGAUAUUCAGUGAGGACACCACCCAGAACACAGGCAUGGAAUCAGACAGCCCGCACGUUGAGGAGCCGGGCAGCAGCCAGCAGAGGACCAGCGGCGUGCUGGCGCUCAUGGAGGAAUAUCUGAAGCCGCUCUUCCCCCUGCUCAGCCUCCCUGAGUGCAGAACACAGAUGCCUGUGGUUGUGACUGACCCAGGGAAGUCAAAGGGCAAAGAGAAAGAGCGGAGAACGUCUGUUGUACAAGGUGUGUGGACUCAGCCUGAGGGUCCCAGCAACGUGAUCCUGGUGGCAGACAAGCACCUCCUUGAACUGCCGCUGGAAGGACUCUCUGUGCUCCACGAGGGGGCGGCCUCCUCUGUGUCGCGGGAGUUCUCUCUCCAAAUGCUGUUCAACCGCCUCCACCGUGAGGAGCCAGAAAUGAAAAAGGAGGGCAGAAGCAGAGACUUCAAGAGGAAAAGCCCCACAAAGAAGGGUGUGAAGGGCGUGCUCCGGGUCGUCCCGCCAGAUUGCAUCACCAUUGACUCAGACGGCUUCAGGUUCAUCAUAGACCCCUUCGAUGAGGCCCAGAGCAUCAAGAUGGUGACUCCUGUCUCUGUGACUCGGGAUAUUCUGGAAAGAUUCCAAGAGACAUACACUCUGCGGUGGUCGGGGCAUCUGGGAAAUCAGAACUUUCCAAGCCAGGCAGAGUGGGAGCAGGCGCUGGGCAGCUGCAGAGGGUUCUUCUUCUACGGGAUGGAGAGCUUCCUGUCCCACAUACUACUGGAGAGACUGGUGGCCAUGAACCUGCCGGACUGCCAGAUGAUGGUCCUGCUGCACCUGACACGGUCCUACGAGAGCCUGCAGAGGCACAAGGAGGUCUCGGAGAGCAAGAGCACCUCACAGCUGUCCUUGGAGAAGCCUGUCCAGACUGCCAUCCUCCUGAGCCUGGUGGGGGUCCAGAGCAUCGUGGCCAACCAGUGGCCAACAUCACUGCAGGACAAUGCAUUGCGGGCCAGCAUCCUGUGGGACAAUCUGCUGGCACUGGGCAAGCCGAUUGGGAAGACCGUCCGGCUCCUUCAGAAGAUGGAAAGCAGUGAGACGGCUGAGCCAGACGAGGCUUCUCAGGACAGGGCUGUGCCCCUCCAGCCGGUCCCCAGUGUGGAGCCCUUCUCCACCACCCUGGGCCUGGUCCUCUACGGGCUGCCGAACCAAGCCAUUGUGUGACAGUGCUCCAGGUUGUCCCACUUUCCUCCGAAGCCACCACCCUUGGCUCUGCCCCUGCCCCAGACUCCUUGGCCUGGCCUCCACCUGUGGCUCCCCCAGCCCUGGACAGGCCUCUGCCCAUGACAAGCCCCAGAGACCACCACCAUCAGGGCCCACUCCCCAGUUCCUGCUCCACCUCUCAGACAACAGAAGUGGUCAGACCACAAGCUUGGUUUUGGUUUUGG